CUCCCUCAGCCCGGCCCGAUCGUGUCCCGAUCCCAUCGCGAUCCUAUCCCGAUCCCUCCCUCAGCCCGGCCCGAUCGUGUCCCGAUCCCAUCGCGAUCCCAUCCCGAUCCCUCCCUCAGCCCGGCCCGAUCGUGUCCCGAUCCCAUCCCCAUCGCGAUCCCAUCCCGAUCCCGAUCCCUCCCUCAGCCCGAUCGUGUCCCGAUCCCAUCCCGGUCCCGAUCCCUCCCUCAGCCCGGCCCGGUCGUGUCCCGAUCCCAUCCCUAUCCCGAUCCCUCCCUCAGCCCGGCCCGAUCGUGUCCCGAUCCCAUCCCUAUCCCGAUCCCUCCCUCAGCACGACCCGAUCCCGUCCCCAUCUCGAUCCCAUCCCGAUCCCGUUCCCAUCUCUCAGCCGGGCCCCGAUCCCAGUUCCGAUCCCGAUCCCAGUGCCGAUCCCACCCCGAUCCCAUCCCAGUGCCCAUCCCGAUCCCGGUCCCGUCCCCAUGUAGCCCGCUGCCCGCGUGGCUGAGGCAGGCAGCUAUGGGAGUGACACCUCUGCUAGCCAGACCUUCCUCCAGGCUUGGCAAUCUGUCUGCUGCAGGGAUGCCCAGGCUGGAUUUGCGGAGGCACCAGCCCGUCAGAUGAAGCACAGGAGCCCUGAGGAGCAGCAGCAACACCUGUGGGAAAGGCAGUUUGCCUCUUAGGUGGCAUCCCCAACAUGUGCUGAGGAUGGUUCUUCAGGAAGAGUGGAGAUCAAGGUUGGUUCCUGGGAGGCUCUGGGACGUUUGAAAGUGAUUCGGAGAGAGCAAAGUCUGUGUCCGAUGGACGCCCAGCCGCAGCCGGCGUGCGUGGUGCCCCAGGCUCCCUGCCCAGCAAUGAAGUGCUCUCCUUCAGAGGACUUUUCUCCCCGGGUGAGGCUGGCUGAAAAGAUCUCCCCGGUGAAGCCUUGCUUCAAGAAGAAGCAGCAAGUGCAGAAGAGACUGGACUCACAAACUCUGCGGGCUCUGCGGCCCAUCUUCACCAGCCUGCUGGGAGCUGGGGCCUUGGACGGGGUCUUUGUGCCCCGCGGCCAGCGUGGUGGCCACGGUGAUUUAUGUGAACCUGCUGUGAAAAAGACUCUGGACCUCGGUACCUCUUGCCCCCAGACAGAAAAUAAUGUGACUGUGCUGAUGCCAGCAGCUCCAGAUGUGCAGGGUCAACUGCCAGGAGCUCGUCCUUCCCCCGGGCACCCUGAGCAGGACGUGCAGUCAGGGGAGCAAGGUUUCUCCCCAGAAACUCCUGGAACUGCUGCUGAUAAUGGUAAUGAAUCAUUCCAGGAUCAUCCUUUGCACCCAAGUGCUGGUGAUGGUGCAGCUUGUCCUUUGUUCCCUGACAAGGUUCUGGAAAGCUACACAUCUGGCUUACUCCAGGAGAACAGCUGUCCAAUGCAAUACAACUUGACCCCAAGCAAUAAAUUCAGUGCUGGGAUAUUCCAGGACAAAAGUGAAGAAGCUUCCCUUGACCUGGUGUUUGAGCUCUUGAACCAGCUGCAGUAUCACACCCACCAGGAGGACGGGAUUGAAAUCUGUGUGGAUUUUCUCCAGGGCACUUGUGUUUAUGGCAGUGAUUGUCCCAAGCAUCACACAGUGUUACCCUAUCACUGGCAGGUGAGGAGGACAGCAACCCAGAGGUGGCAAAGUGUGACCAACGAUUCCCAGGAGCACCUGGAGAGGCUUUACUGCAACCCUGACAAUGACAAGAUCAAAGUCAAGUAUCGGGGCCAGGAGUGCUGGGUGGAUCUGAACCUUAUGAAGUUUUAUGAAAGUGCAGAGUUCGACCAAAUGCGGCGCCUGUGCACAGCCUCCUGCCCCAGCUCCAGCUCCAACUGCUACACGGUGUGGAAGUACUUCUGCAGGGACCACUUUGGCUGGAGAGAGUACUCCGAGCCCGUGGUGAGGCUGAUCGAGGAGGCGAGCUGCCGCGGGCUGCGCGAGGUGCGCUUCAUCACCUGGCACAACCAGUACAUCCUCAACAUCAAGGAUGGCUUCCAGCAGAACUCCUGCUUCCGCAGGGAGAUCAAGAGGAGGCCCCUGCUGCGCUCCUGCCUGCUGCUCAUGCCCUUCCUGCAGACCCUGGGUGGCAGCUCUGCCGUGCCCUCGCCGUGCUCCGACCCCGCUGCCGCGCACGACUUGUCCCCAGCUGCUGUCACCCCUCCCAGCUUCUACCCCGAGACCUGGAUUGGAAUGGAUCCAGCUCAGGACUUCAUCCAAGUGCCUGUUCUGAAGGAAGACAAAAGCUACAGAACCAUUUACAACCUGUUCCACAAGACUGUGCCAGAGACCAAAUACAAGAUUUUGAAAAUCCUGCGAGUGCAGAACCAGUUCCUUUGGGAGAAGUAUAAAAGGAAAAAGGAGUACAUGUCCAAGAAGAUGUCAGGGCUGGACAGGAUCAUGAACGAGCGGCACCUGUUCCACGGCACGUCGCAGGACGUGGUGGACGGGAUCUGCAAGCACAACUUCGACCCGCGCGUGUGCGGCAAGCACGCCACCAUGUUCGGCCAGGGCAGCUACUUUGCCAGGAAGGCCAGCUACUCCCACAACUUCUCCAAGCGCUCCCCCAAGGGCGUGCACUUCAUGUUCCUGGCCAAGGUGCUCACGGGCAGGUACACGGUGGGCAACCACACCAUGAGGAGGCCGCCGCCCGUGGAGCCCGGCAGCAUCACCAGCGACCUCUACGACUCCUGCGUGGACAAUUACUUCGAGCCCCAGAUCUUUGUCAUCUUCAACGACGACCAGAGCUACCCCUACUUCAUCAUCCAGUAUGAGGAGGUCAGCAGCACCGUCUCCAUCUGACGGCCUGUGCUGCUCCCUGCCACAAACCUCUCAGCUGGCAGCAGUUUGUGUGGGGGAGGUAAAAUCUGGACACUUCCUAACUGGUGGAAUGACUUGGAAAGGAAGGUCACUGAGGUGACCAACUGUGCACUUGCUGGUUGAUUCCCUAUGUGGAAAUUGUACAUAUUUUUCCAUUGUUUAUAGUUGAAAACCUGUGCCUUUUGUUAUAAAACACUGUUUAUUUAUGUUAGUAAAUAUUCAUGUUUCAGAA